AUGUCACAAACUUCCAAGGCUGUCGACUACGAUACUCCAGUUAGCAAGGUCAUCAGCCCAUCGGGUCUCGCCCACGUUGUACUACGAACCGUCAACCUCCCCCGCAUGGUUGAGUUUUACACCACGUUUCUCGGGGGCAGCGUCACCUACGGCAAUGAGAUGAUAUCUUUCAUCACUUAUGACAACGAGCAUCACCGUAUCGCUUUAAUCGAAGUUCCAGGAACGGCAGCCAAGAACCCGGCGAGCUGCGGCCUCGAGCACAUCGCGUUUUCCUUUGAUACUCUGGAGGCUUUGCUGCUAGCGUAUCGCCAUCGCAAGACCCGCGGCAUCGAGCCUGUUUGGUGUGUCAACCACGGCCCUACGACUAGCAUCUACUACAAGGAUCCUGACGGCAACAUGCUGGAAACGCAGGUCGAUAACUUUGAUACCGUUGAGGAGGCCACUGCUUUCAUGAUGAGCGACGAGUUUACCGAGAACCCGAUUGGUGUAGAUUUUGUUGCCGAGGAGAUGAUUGGAGCCCUGCGCGCUGGCGGGGACGAGAAAGUGUUAAAGAAGCGGCGCGAGAUUGGCCCGCGCGGGUUGCCGGACUUUUCGAACAUGUAA